AAAGAGGUCAGUUUCUCCUGGGUCGUCACACUCUCCUUUUUAUCUCUCUAGGGUUUACAUAACCCUCCUUCUACCUCUCGUUGCAAAAUAUCUCUGUAUCCAACAAAGUCGAUAAUGGCGGACGAGGUUCACUACGGCUCGGACUCGAACAAGAGGAAAUACGACGACAACCAAACUCCUCCACCGAGAAGGCAGACUGGAUUUUCUGCUCCGAUCUCAUCCCACUCACCUCCCGAUGCCCCGUCUUACAACAACGUCCCGCCGCCUAUGGACGAUAUCCAAUUGGCUAAACAGAAAGCUCAGGAAAUCGCUGCUCGGCUUUUUAAUAACGCUAAUCCCUCCGCGGAGCCUACUAAGAGGCCCAGGGUUGAGAACGGUGGAAACAGCGGCUUUGAUAUGAUGGAGCCUCCGGCUCCAAAGGCACUAGGAAUUGGUAGUGCUCCCUCCAUGCCAAGUUCAUAUGGUGGGGGGUACCCUGGUCCGAGCAAGAAGAUUGAAAUACCCAAUGGAAGGGUUGGUGUUAUUAUUGGUAAAGGUGGGGAAACUAUUAAAUACCUUCAACUCCAGUCUGGUGCUAAGAUCCAAGUCACAAGAGACAUGGAUGCGGAUCCUCAUUCUCAAACAAGGGGGGUUGAGCUAAUGGGCACUCCUGAACAGAUCUCCAAGGCGGAGAGUCUGAUAAAAGAUGUUCUUAAUGAGGCUGAAGCCGGGGGUUCGGGCAUAGUUUCUCGUAGGGUCUCUGGGCAACAAGCUGGAGGUGAUCAAUUUGUCAUGAAAGUUCCAAAUAACAAGGUUGGACUUGUUAUUGGCAAAGGAGGUGAAACCAUAAAGAGUAUGCAAAAUAGAACAGGAGCUCGAAUUCAGGUGAUACCCUUGCAUCUUCCUCCUGGUGAUACAUCACUUGAGAGGACUGUUCAAAUUGAUGGCACCCCUGAGCAGAUUGAGGCUGCUAAACAACUUGUCUAUGAAGUCACUUCUGAGAAUCGUCCCCGAAAUCCAGCUAUGUCUGGAGGUUAUCCCCAGCAAGGUUACCCAGCUCGACCUCCUAAUUCGUGGGCGCCACCUGGUCCACCAAUGCAACAUCCUGGUUAUGGUUAUGUACAACCUGGAGCUUACCCCGGCUCUGCUCCCCCGUAUAACAUGAAUCAACCGCAGUACCCUGGUUACCCUCCUCAACAGACCCCCGGUGGCUAUGCCUCUGGAUGGGAACAGACUACUGCUCAAUCAGGUCAACAGACUUCUCAGGGAGGUGCCUACGAUUACUAUGGGCAGCAGCAGACUUCACAGCAGCAGCAGGCUCCCGGAUCUGCUACUGACAAUGCAGCUUAUGGCUAUAAUCAGCCAACAUCUGGGUACAAUCAGGGACAGGGUUAUUCUCAGGAUGGCUAUGGUGGAUACCCUGCACCUAAUUCUCAGACCGGUUAUGGUCAGUCCCAAACUUAUGAUCAGCAACAAGCUUAUAAUUCUGCUUCUGGAUAUGGGAGUGCAAACCCACCCACUGAUGGCCAUGCUCCUUAUGGAACUCAAUCUGAUUCUAGCCAAGCUCCACCUGCCCAAUCGGGCCAGCAAAGUUACGCCGCUGGUCAACAGCCCAGUCCCAAUGCUAAUUACCCGCCCCAAGGCACUACUCAACCUGGGUACGGAGCACCUCCAACUUCUCAAGCUGGUUAUGGGACUCAGCAACAAACAGGGUAUGGUUCGAGUUAUGCACCCCCACAAACUCAAAAACCUCCAAGUGGCCAGCAAGGUUAUGGACAGCCACAGCAGUCACCUACUGCAGUAGGAGGUUAUGGUCAAGGUGGGUACCCUCCUGCCCAAUCUAGCUAUGCACAACCAGACUCCAGUGGUCAGAGACCUCCGUCAAGUGGUUAUGGGACUCCACCGCCUCAACCGGGAUAUGGAGCUGCAGGAUAUGGUGCCCCACAAGCGUCUCAGUCAACCUAUGGGCAGCAGCAGGCACCCCCAUAUGGUGGUGCAUAUGGUGGUGGUUACUCUCAGCCACCAGCAUACUCUUCUGAUGGCAGCUCUGGUGGGAAUGCCCGAGGAUCAUAUGAAGCUGCUCCGGCAUCACAGGCUAGCCAGUCCAGCGGUGGAGGUUCUAAAGCUUCACCUCAGAGCUGAUACACGAGAAAUGGGUGACGUGUUUCACUAUCCUUUUCCUUGGUCUAGAUGGGUUAGGGUAUCUGCGGUAGUAGACAUGUUGGAUUACUUAGUAGGGUCUUCGGUAGGUGCUUGUAUUUUGUCUUUUUUUAGUUCCAGUUUUAAAACUUUCUGAGAAUUUUAGUGAUUUUGGGUUGAGAACUGAACAUUGUCUCCCUAGUCUUUUAUUGUACCAAUCUUUAAUUCCUGUAACAAUUGUCCAAGCUACACAACUAUUGCCCGUCACCAUACGCCAUACAGAUGGUGUUCUGUUCGCGAGAUGUUUAUGUUAUAUGAUGGUUUUUGUUUGCA